UCUUUUAUAUAUAAUUGUCUGAUCAUUUUCUUGGCUUCCACGAAUACUACUGUUGAAGCUGCCAGGCACUUCAAAGUUGGUGGUCAGUUUGGUUGGCAUGAACCUCCUCUCAACGAAACUGAUUUUUAUAGCGAAUGGGCUGAAAGGAACAGAUUUCAAGUUGGAGAUUUUCUGGGUAACCUGAAUCAGUUCACAUGCCAUAUUUUUGUUUAUGCAGUUUUUGAGUACCAGAAUGACUCAGUUCUUAGCGUGGAGAGAUGGGAUUACGUCGAUUGUAACUCAAAUGACCCUAUCACUUCCUUUGACAAUGGGAAGAGCACUUUUAAUCUUGACAGGCCUGGAGCCUUCUACUUCAUCAGUGGAACUGGUAAUCACUGCAAGAAUGGGCAAAAAUUACUUGUGGAGGUGAUGUCCCCACAUCCAAUUCCAAAAUCUCCACCCUCCAUUUCCCUUCCACCUGAAGGCUUUUCAGCAAUGGCUCCUUCACCGUCUUACAGCUUGGAGGCUUCGGCUUCUGUGGUGCUUAGUUCAAUUUCUAUGUCUCCUUUUGUCACAUUUGGAAUUGUGAUGCUUUUAGCAUCCUGA